AUGAGCUUGAAAUAUCGCCAAGACGUUUCCGUUAGAUUAGCCAAUUUUUAUCUGUAUGUCGUCGGCUUCUGGUUCGCCGCUAAUCGUAUAGAGGAAUGGUUCGGAAACGCGGCGAUUCUGUAUACCAUUGUCACGGUCUUCUUUGUCAUGUGGCUUCAGCUGAGAGGACUUUAUUUCUCCUGGGGAAACUUUGAAGUUUGCAUGUACAUGGCAUGCAACAGUUUAGCCCUGGUUUUGGAUAUAAUCAAGAUUUUCGUCCUACUCGUACGGAAGAAAAAGUUUCUCGGUCUGAUUGAGUACAUGCAGAAGAAUUUUUGGCAUUUGAACUACGACCAGGACGAGAAUUCUAUUAUCGCACACGCGAAACGAACGUGCAUCUACUUCGUCUGCGUCUUUUCAUUUUGUUCUCAAUCUACAGUUUUUUCCUAUAUAAUAAGGCCAUUUGUAUCAAAUCUUGGAAAGAAUGAAUCUGAUAGAGAACAUAUAUACGAUAUGUGGCUCGAUCUACCAUUAUCCGUAACACCAUAUUAUGAAAUUACUUACAUAAUACAGGCUUUAUCUGUGUACCAAGUUAGCGCGUGUUACCUUUGCUUUGAUAUCAUUUUUUUCAUUUUGUGUCUACACGUGGCUGGUCAGUUUCGUAUACUACAAUACAGAAUUGCCAAUGUGUCAGGUCUAAGCGAGAUAGUGAAAAGCAGUGAAAAUCCAAGCACAGAUGAAUUAUACUCAGAGAAAUGUUACAUCAAGUUUAAGAAUUGCAUUCAACAGCAUCAGGCACUAAUUGAAUUUUGUGCAACACUCGAAGAGGUAUUCACGGUAAUCGUACUCGGACAAGUCCUAAUGUCUAGCAUAUUAAUUUGCUUCAUCGGGUAUCAAGUACUCCUGAUAAAGUUAUCAUUUGAAUCGCGCGUUGCUUUCGCGUGCUUCUUGAUGAUGGGCAUGAGUCAACUAUGGAUGUUCACGUAUAGUUGCGAUUGCAUAACAACAGAAAGCCUGAACAUCGCUGAAUCUGUGUACGCUGGACCAUGGAUAAAUUUACCAAUGGACAAAUUUGGAAAACUGCUAAGAAAAGAAUUGCAAAUGCUCAUCUUGAGGGCGAGACGACCUUCCGCUUUGACUGCCUGUGGAUUCUUUUCUAUAUCUCUCGAAACCUUUACUAAGAUCAUGAGUACAUCAAUGUCGUAUUUCACAUUAUUAAAACAAUGUAUCGAGGACACGGUAAUCAAAAAUUUAGGCCAUAUCAAGCCAGAAGUGUUGCUUUCUGUAUAUAACCUAUAUUUAAGAACGAAUGUUAUACCCACAACGUGGAAAACAGCGAAUUUAAUGAUAAUACCUAAAACACUAGACGGGGAUAAGCAACAGCUGAGCGCUUAUAGGCCUAUCGCGCUUUUGCCGGUUACAAGCAAAAUCUUUGAGAGAAUUUUGGAUGACAGAAUUCAGGAGGAAAUAGCUUUCACAAAUAAAAAGUAUGUUCUUGCCCUGUUUGUGGACACAGUGGGUGCUUUUGACCACCUUGGUGGCCGGAGAUUAAAGCGUGGCUGGAAACGAAUAAUAGUAAUAAGAACAAAGCACCAAAAAAUUAGUCAUCGGGUGCAAAGAGGAUGCCCCCAAGGGUCCAUUCUUGGACCAGACGCCUGGAACUGGUGCUUGGAGCAAUUUCUGGGGCAAAUAUCUAAUACCGUAGAAGCAGAUAAUGUUCAGGUCUUAGCAUAUGCUGAUGACAUUCUCUUUGUCAUCAAGGGAAAUUCCAGAGUAGAGCUUGAAUGGCAUGGGAGCAUUGUCAUGACGAUGCUGCAGGAUUGGUGCCACGAGAAUAAGCUGGCUGUCUCAAAGAAGAAAAUAGUGGCGGUUUUCCUCAGGGGUAAAAUAGACGUUAGGAGACCAUGA